UUAAUGAAUUACAAGCCCAUUGAAUAGUGAAUUAACGAGCCCACUAGUUUAUUACAGUUCGGAGUCAGAGGUGAGAAGAAGAAGAUGGACUACAGUUUAGCGGCACUGAAGCUGCUAUGCGUCCAAUUGAAGGCGGCGCGUGCCACUAACGACUCAUCUCAAUCUUCCAUUUCUCUCGGCCCUAUACUCUUCCAACGCGCGUGGUUACAGGGCGUCGUAAUCUCACUACCUUCUACCAACGGCGGCACUGGACGUUUUCUCGUUGACGACGGAACAGGCGUGGUUGAACUCUCUCUCUCCCGCGAUUUCCUAAAUCGCGACUGGAAAUUAGGUGCAUAUGUAAUGGUUGUCGGAGGGUGUAGUAUCCGUCAAGACGAUCUCCCCUUAAUCAAGGUUCACAAAAUUGUUGAUCUUUCUGGUUUUCCCCAUCGAGAAGCAAUGUGAUUUGAAGAUGGGAUGGGUGAGUUGGAUGGUGGUGUUGCAGGAUUUAAGAACACGAGAGAUGAAAACAAAGAUAAACCAUAUUCUUUGGCAGAGAUACUAUCUCAAUUUGAUGCUAACAACACCAUAGUGUUUUUUGAGAAUUCCAUUGCUUCGUCUCUAUAUGACGGCCGAUGCACUCUUCUUCUCCAGCUCUCCACUUUCACCUCGACGUCUUCUCCUUUCUCCAGCCCGACGUCGUCAGCCUGCGGUUCCUCCGGCAAGAGCUUCCCUAAUCGCAGUUACUAUCUGCAACAAUGGCUACUGACAGAAGCAAAAUUAUACCACCACCCGAUCUUGUUGUGCAGAAAUUCACAGAAUCCCGAGCUCCAGAACUCGAGUCUCUCUACUCCACCAUUGCCACAAGGCAAUGGGACAAAAAGGCUUAGAACACACGUUUGGUAUGCAAAAAGAUUCACAAUGAUCACACGAUGGGGUUUCCACCUUCCUCUUGGUUUACAUGGCAGGGGAAGAGGUUCAAGAGCUCUCUUGAAGUGGUUGAAAACUGGAACUGUUGUUCAUGAUGCAAGCUAUUAUUCUGCUGUUCAGUUAGAGGGUUCACAGGAUUCAAUAUUGUCGAUUCUAAGCAUUGUAAUGUCACCUUUUCCUCCUUCAGAUGCUGAAAAUGUAAUCUCUGGUGGUAUUUAUGCUACUUCUAUGCUUCAUCAUUCUGAAACUCCCAAUUCACACACAAUUGCACCUGUUAUUUACAUGUGGAGACCUAAUCAGAAGUCAAUAGAUGAAUCUGAAGAUCAUGUGAAAGUCAACAAUGGUCAAACUUCCAGGCAGUUGUGGAUAUGGAUACAUGCUGCAGCUUUAACUGAAGGCUACAAUGCUCUGAAAAACGCCUGUGAAAGUCAGGGUAAGGUUAAUGAGGAUGUUGACUCAGUUAAGUGUAUCUCACUCGAAGGGCAAUUUGGUACAUUGGAAGUAAUGGGUUCAAAAGCAUCUUACCUUCUUCACAAGAUACUAAAUCCAGUUAGCAGCAUGUCAUCAAGAAUUACAUCCAUCGUGAAGAAUGAAGAUGAUACAUCAUGUUGUGAAGUAAUUCCUCUUGUAGUCAAUGAUCCUCGUGUGUUGACCAAUAACACUGAGUUUGACUCGAGUUACACUGAGUUAUGGGAUGCUAAUAAAGGGCUGUUUUGUCCAGUUGAAGAAAGUGUUCUUUGUAUGGAGAAACACCAUCAACGCCUCACGUCCUUUUGUCUCAACAACAAAACUUCAAAUGACAAUAAUACCCCCACAACCAAGAUGGAAUCUUCAAGAUUCUGUCCUGUUAUUCUUUUAAAAAGAAACAACCUUAAGGAUCAUUCAAUCACAAGGUGGACUAUUAUACUUCCUUUGACUUGGGUCAAAGCCUUUUGGAUUCCUCUUAUCUCAAAUGGAGCUCAAGCUAUAGGUUUAAGAGAGAGGUCUUGGGUUUCUUGUGAAGCUGGAAUUCCAAAUUUUCCAUCUGAAUUUCCCGAAUGUGAUUCUUACACUUCUUUAAAGGAAGCCGAAGCUUCCACCAUUGAUGAACAAGCAUCUCUUCGUCCUGUUUCCAUGAAACCUUUCAAUAUUCCCAUUUUACCCCCAUGGAAUUGUAUCCAACUCGCAUACGGAUCAAACCCAAACCCUAAUGAACCAAUUCCAUUACAAUCCAACAUGGUUGUUGCCAGGUCAGCAAGAACGCUGACUGGAUUCUUGAACACUAUAAAUGACAAUCAUUUGCUUCUUUUCCCACAUGAUAAAAUCAAAAACAUGUCCAAAUUAUCUAAAAUCAUCAAAGAUGAGAAAAUACUUGAUCAAGUUCCAAACACAUCAACUUUUCUUAAAAAUGGAUCAAGAAAAAAACUAUGUUUUGUUAGAGUUGUUCUUCGUGCGUAUAAAGAAGGUGUGAUUGAAGAUGGAGCUCUUGUUUGUGCACCUCGUAUGGAUGAUAUAAAGCUUUGGACCUCAGGGUCAAACAACAAGGUUGACCUUCAAAUACCUCAGUCAUUAUUAGCAACGUAUUUUGUGAAAGAAGAUUCUGGAAAGUGGAAGCUUCAAGUUCCUGAAGAUCCUGCAGCCAUGGAGUCUAACAGGUGGCCAAUUGGUUUUGUGACAAGUGGAUUUGUUCGAGGAAGCAAGAAACCAGUGGCUGGGGGUCUGUGUGAUGCGGUUUUGCUUGCUCAUAUUAGACAUGAACAGUGGAGUUGUGUUCCUUUAAAGAAGAGGAAGAAGGAGUUGUAUGUUUUAACAAGAAAUCUUAGAUCUACAUCUUAUAGACUUGCUCUUUUGAGUAUUGUUCUUGAACAACAAGAAGAAGAUUUGGAUCACAUUUGAUUAAAUUUGUUUUUUUGGGGUUUUUGUUUAUUAGAUUUGUUUAAAUUUUGUUAUUGUUAUUUGGGUUUUUGGUAGAUGUUAAUGUUGAGUAAUUUGUGUUUCGAUGUGGACUUGAGAACUUGUAGAUUAAAGUUAGUUUAUAUGAUUUUGUGAAAGUAUUAAGAAUUUUGUGAAAUGUAAAUGUAUACUUAUACUUCACAAGAUAUGAAUAUUGUUUUGAGUGUAAUAA